AUGGCCGUGGUUGUGCUGAGCUUGGGGAGGGCCAGGAUCCCCACGGGCUGCCUCCCCGCCCAGCCAAAUGGGCCCCGACCCCAGGGAUCGUGGUCCCGUGGUGGCAGAGAGCAAGGAGGUGUGAAAGGGUUCAGCGGUACUCAGGUGCCCGCCAGGGAACUUUGGAACAAGAUAACGGCCAGCUCUGCUCACGCUGGGGAGCGGGACAGUCCACAGGGCACAGCACGCCCGUCCCCCGCAGGCGCGGCUGAGCCCUUCCUCAUCUGCCCGCAGCGUGGGGGGCCAGGGGCCAUGGCGGCGGAGAUGGUGCUGAGCCACCGGCCCGGGGUGCCCCACAGCGAGGUGCUGAGCGAGGCCGAGCUGGAGGAGCUGGCACAGCGGAAACCUCCCAGCAAGACCUCGGUGCGCAGCUGUCUCCGGAAGGCGAGAUGCUCAGCCUCCACCGCCAAGUCCCUGCUCUACCGCUUCUUGCCCGUCCUGCGCUGGCUGCCCCGGUACCCGGUGAAGGACUGGCUGCUGGGGGACAUCACCUCGGGCUUCAGUGUGGGCAUCAUGCACCUGCCCCAGGGGCUCGCCUACGCGCUGCUGGCCGGGCUGCCACCCGUCACUGGCCUCUAUUCCUCCUUCUACCCCGUCUUCCUCUACUUCUUCUUCGGGACAUCCAGGCACAACUCUGUGGGCCCCUUUGCUGUCAUCUCCGUCAUGAUCGGCAGCGUGACAGAAUCCCUGCUGCCCAGCGAGAAAUUCUUUGUGUCUGUCAACGGCAGCAACACCACAAUAGUUGAUGAGGUGAAGCGGGACGCAGCCAGGGUGGAGCUGGUGGCCACGAUCACCAUCCUGUCAGGCGUCUUCCAGGUGGCCCUGGGGCUCCUGCAGUUUGGCUUCGUGGUUACCUACCUCUCGGACCCACUGGUGCGCGGCUACACCACCGCCGCCUCUGUGCACGUCCUCAUCUCCCAGCUCAAGAACGUUUUUGGGGUCUCCGUGGGCGAGUACUCGGGGCCGCUCUCUCUGUUCAAGACCCUCAUCGAGAUCUGCCGGAAGCUGCCGCAGACCAACGUGGGCACCCUGGUGACAGCCAUCAUCGCCAUGGUGGCCAUCUUCAUCGUGAAGGAGCUCAACCACAAGUUCGCCUCCAAGCUCCCCAUGCCCAUCCCCAUCGAGCUCAUCACGAUCAUCAUCUCCACCGGCAUCUCCUACGGUGUCGACCUGAAAGCCAAGUUCGGCAUCUCCGUGGUGGGCGACAUCCCCAGCGGGUUGAAGCCUCCUGUGGUCCCUAAGACCACCUACUUUGGGCAGGUAGUGGGCAACGCCUUCGCCAUCGCCAUAGUGGGUUACGCCAUCUGCAUCUCCCUGGGUAAGAUUUUUGCCCUGAAGCAUGGCUACAAAGUGGACAGCAACCAGGAGCUGAUCGCUCUGGGCCUCUGCAACUUCCUGGGGGGCUUCUUCCAGUGCUUCGCCAUCAGCUGCUCCAUGUCGCGGAGCCUGGUGCAGGAGAGCACGGGGGGCAACAGCCAGGUGGCUGGUGUCAUCUCAUCCCUGGUCAUCCUGGUGACCAUCCUGAAGAUUGGAGAGCUCUUCCGGGACCUCCCUAAGGCUAUCUUGGCUGCCAUCAUCAUCGUCAACCUCAAGGGCAUGUUCAAGCAGUUCACAGACUUCCACACGCUCUGGAGGUCCAACCGCGUGGACCUGAUGAUCUGGAUCGUGACGUUUGUGGCCACCCUCUUGCUGAACCUGGACAUUGGCCUGGGGGCCUCGGUGGCCUUCGCGCUGCUCACCGUCAUCUUCCGGACCCAGCUCCCUCACUACUCCCUUCUGGGACGCGUUCCCGACACCGAAGUCUACAAGGAUGUGGCUGAAUACCAGAAGGCACAGGAGGUCCCUGGCGUGAAGAUCUUCCGCUCCUCCUCCACACUCUAUUUUGCCAAUGUGGAGAUGUAUGCUGAGGCGUUGAAGAAGAAGAGCGGCAUCAACGUGGAUCGCCUGAUCGAGAAGAAGAAGAAGGUGCUCAGGAAACUGAAGAAACAGCAGAAGAAAGCAGAGAAGGAGAAGGCAAAGAGGAAAAAGGCCACAGAGGCUGAGUGCAACGGGCCGGGUGUUGCGGUGAUCGAGCUGAGCGGGGAGGAGAGCAGCGCGCCUGCUGAGCCCACCCUGCGCUCCCUGGGGCUGCCCCAGCCUGACUUCCAUGCUGUCAUCCUGGACUUCAGCUCCCUCAAUUUCGUGGACACCGUCUCCAUCAAGAUCGUGAAGAAUAUCUUCAGGGAUUUCCGUGAAAUAGAAGUGGACGUUUUUGUUGCCAGCUGCCCGGCAUCUGUCCUCGCCCAGCUGGAGCGGGGCAACUUCUUCAGCUCGACCAUCACCAAGCAAUGCUUCUUCCCCUCGGUGCACGAUGCUGUGCUCCACAUCUCUGGGGAGCAGCACACAGCCCCGGCGCACCUCAGCACCAAAAUGUAG